AUGGGUUCGUCGUCGAACGGAGGAGUGCCACCUGGUUUCCGGUUUCAUCCGACCGAUGAAGAGCUUCUUCAUUACUACUUGAAGAAGAAAAUCUCUUACCAUAAGUUUGAGAUGGAAGUCAUUAGAGAGGUUGACUUAAACAAGCUUGAGCCUUGGGAUUUACAAGAGAGAUGCAAGAUUGGCUCAACACCGCAAAAUGAAUGGUAUUUUUUCAGCCAUAAGGAUAGGAAAUAUCCGACAGGGUCGAGGACAAACCGUGCUACUCAUGCAGGGUUCUGGAAGGCGACGGGUCGUGACAAGUGCAUAAGGAACUCUUACAAGAAGAUAGGAAUGAGGAAGACACUUGUGUUCUACAAAGGAAGAGCUCCUCAUGGGCAAAAGACUGAUUGGAUCAUGCAUGAGUACCGUCUUGAAGACGCUGAUGAUCCUCAAGCCAACCCUAGUGAAGAUGGAUGGGUGGUUUGUAGGGUGUUCAUGAAGAAGAACUUGUUCAAGGUAGUGAACGAAGGUGGCUCAAGCAUUAACUCAUCGGACCAACACAUCCACGAAGCAUCCAACAACAACCACACGCUUCAAGCUCGUAGCUUCAUGCACAGAGACAGUCCAUACCAGCUAGUACGUAACCAUGGAGCCACAACAUUCGAACUGAACAAACCUGACCUUGCUCUUCAUCAAUACCCACCAAUCUUCCACAAGCCACCCACCCUUGGAUUUGACUACUCUUCAGGACUUGCAAGGGACUGUGAGAGUGCAGCUAGUGAAGGGUUACAAUACCAACAAGCAUGUGAGCCUGGUUUAGAGGUUGGUACUUGUGAGACAGUGGCUAGUCAAAAUCAUCAACAAGGUUUAAGUGAAUGGGGAAUGAUGGAUAGGCUUGUGACUUGUCAUAUGGGGAAUGAAGAUUCCUCAAGAGGGAUUAGGUUUGAGGAUGGUAACAACAAUGCUUCUUCUGUUGUUCAGCCAGCUCCUACGACGAACCAGCUUACAUUGCGAAGUGAGAUGGACUUUUGGGGGUAUUCUAAAUAGAUGUUUAUAUGUCUUAUGACUAUGUAAGUGUUGUAUGUGUGUGUGUUAUUGAUUACAUAUUUUACUUAUUGGUUGGAAGCAAAUUGCUUCACAAAACCCAAAUUUAUAUUUAUCUACUGUUGGAAUGAAUAAGAACAUGAUUGAUUAGUGUAAGAGUUUUAUUUGCUAGUUAAUC